GCAAGUAGAAGGCCCACCAAAUACUCGAACAAGCACCCUCAAUCUCAAAUCAUUCAGUUUUCCUUACGGGGUUGAGAAAGUUCUGUUUCAGAGUCUCAUCUGCAUCUCGCCGCAAUCGCAUCUUGUUCUCGAAGUGAUCAAUAAGUUGCAAUAGUUCUUUGUGCCGUCUGGAACUUGUUCGAAUCAAUUUAAAAAUUUAAUACAACAUUUUAGUAAAGCAAGCGUUGUUUGUGAUGUCAUGUUGGUAACAAAGCAGUGUCGAUUCGACCAACAUACUGAAAUGCGUGGAGAAAAUCCAACUUAUCCGACGGACAAUUCUCCCCAGACUGAGAGCCCAUUAACACACCUUCACCCUUAUCGUGCUUCUGGUGGUGGUGAAGGAUACUAUCCUCCAAAUAAUUCGGAUGGUGGUGGUGAGAUGAUGGACCACUUUGGUGGACGCUAUUCCCAUUGUGGGAGCAACAUUCCUCUGCAUAAUCACAGCAUCAAAAAUGGUGGGGGUGGUGGUGUCAGAGGUGGCAGCAACCGAUAUGGCGAGGUGACCAAUAAUAAUAAUAAUAUUAGUGGGAAGGGUUAUGUGAGUCGAGGGGGGAUUUCACAGUACGGUUCCUGCCCCCACUCGGAAGACAGUCGAUUCUACCUGGAGAACGGGGAUGAUCUGGACUCCCAAUCUCUCUUUAAGUCAGAGGAUGACGAGGAAGACGAGUCCUUAUCUGGAGGCAGCAGUAUCGCCGGUGAUGACCACGUACCCCACGUCCUUGCCCCAUCCGGUUCUGGAGGUCAUGCCCCCAGAAAGUGCCUGCUCUGGGCGUGUAAAGCCUGCAAGAAGAAGACGGUCACCAUCGACCGGAGGAAACAGGCGACGCUCCGAGAAAGGCGGAGACUUCGGAAGGUUAACGAGGCCUUCGAGAAGUUGAAGCGGAGGACGUGUUCCAAUCCGGAGCAGAGAUUGCCCAAAGUGGAGAUUUUGCGAGGAGCUAUCGAGUACAUUGAGACAUUGGAAGACCUUCUUCACGGUUCGAACGGGAGCGAGGGUGGAAAUUGUGACUCUGUCGGAUCAAAUCACAGGGACUUUCUCAGAGACCCAGGCAAUGCCAUCCUCCACUCCAAUGCAGCAAAUUCUAUUCUUAUGACUGCAUCGCCCUCCUCCUACUUCCAGGACAGACUAGGCCACCUCGGAUCUCAAUCACCCUUCACCCCGAUUCAUGACGCAGAAGAGAGCACGAUGGGGAAAACUUCCAGCUUGGACUGUCUCAGUUUGAUUGUGGAUCGAAUCAGCAAAAUCAAACGAGGCGACGGAGUGAAUAUUGCGGAAUUUUGUACAACGCCGACAAAAUUAGACUCGCCACAUCCCGCGGCGCCUGAAGAAAAGGAUUAAACUUAAAUAUUUAAUGUUAUCAAAUUUAGAUAAAUUCGCAUAUCACACAGCACUCUAAAUAUGUAUAAGAUUAAAAUUUAAAGUAGCCCUAUUUUGUCGUGGGGCUUAUGAACUGGACAAGGAUGAAAAAUAAUGCAAAAUUUUUUCCGCAAAUUGCAUGAUACAAGUUUAUUCUGAUAAUAAAUUGCAAAGUGAUGAUAUAAUAUCCAGUAAAUCCUAUUAUAGGUUAAUUUCUACAUACUCCCACUCGAUUGAGGAGUCGAUUCACGACCAAUAAAAAAUAUUGCAAUUUUGCAAAUUACAAAA